GUCUAAACCAACGAAGAACAUGCUCCUCCACUCCUCAAAGAUGGUGGCAUUUCCGAUGUGGUUGUGUUUGUGAACUUUCGCACUUUUUUCAUGAAUGCAAAAACAUUCUCUUCUCUCUUACUCCUCUUCUAGCUGUAAUAUUACUGUAAUUCAAACAUUAGUUUGUGCAGGUGGAUUAAGCGCGUCACCGUGUUUGUUGAUUUAUCUCGUGAACUGUCAGCAGAUCAAAUACGAGCCAGCUCAGAGACUUAACAUUUAACAUUGAACCAGCUCAGAUAUGAAGGAGGCUCUGACUCUGGUCCAGAGGUUGAACGGACACCCGGACUCUCGCUGCUGGUUCGUCAGCUGGAGCCCGACCGGGACCCUGCUUGCUUCAUGCGGGGGCGACAAGGCCAUCCGGAUCUGGGGACGAGAAGGUGACUCUUGGGUCUGCAAGAGUAUGCUUCAGGAUGGACACCAACGCACCGUGAGGAAAGUGGCGUGGUCCCCCUGCGGGAAUUAUCUGGCCUCUGCUAGCUUUGAUGCAACAACAUGUAUCUGGAAGAAGAAGAAUGAUGAUUUUGAGAGCUUGACUGUGUUGGAGGGACAUGAGAAUGAGGUCAAAUGUGUGGCGUGGGCACCUUCAGGAAAUCUAUUGGCAACAUGUAGCAGAGACAAGAGCGUGUGGGUCUGGGAAGUGGAUGAAGAAGACGAGUAUGAGUGUGUCACAGUUAUAAACUCUCACACACAAGAUGUCAAGCACGUUGUGUGGCACCCGAACCAGGAGCUCCUGGCUUCAGCCAGCUACGACAACAACAUUUGUCUGUACAAGGAGGAUGAUGAUGACUGGGAGUGCAGAGCCACCCUGCAAGGACACACGUCGACGGUGUGGGGUUUGUCUUUUGAUGCAGCUGGACAGAGACUGGCCUCCUGCAGCGACGACCGCACUGUGAAGAUUUGGAAGGAUUAUUCCAAUGAAAGAGGAGAGGCUGGAGACUUAUCGUGGAAGUGUGUUUGCACUCUGUCUGGGUUCCAUGGACGAACAGUGUAUGAUGUCGCCUGGUGUCGGCUCACUGGUGCCCUGGCUACAGCCUGCGGUGACGAUGGAGUGCGUGUGUUUAAGGAGGAUGAGACGUCCGAUCCAGAUCAGCCAGUGUUCUCGCUGUCUGCUCAGGCAACCAAAGCUCACACUCAGGAUGUAAAUUGUGUGGCCUGGAACCCAAAAGAGGUGGGAGUGCUGGCCUCCUGCAGCGAUGAUGGAGAUAUCAUCAUCUGGAGGUUCCAAGAAGAAAUCUGAACGCUGAUAAACAUUAUCAGCUCUCCCUGAACAGAUGCAGUUACCGGUCAUUACACUGGGAACUGUGAGGUCACCAUGUUUAUUCACCAUUCAGCUUUUACAGCAAAUCUGAAAGCUCAGAAGUAUUCAGCUUGAUAGCAAAUAUGUCACUUUUUCAUUUUUCAAACAUGAUUAUGCUUUAGCUCAUGUUGUACUUUGUGUAAUUCAAAUGUUUCUAUAUUAAAGCUCAAUGAGUAAUUUUAUGAUUUAUGUUUGUAAUAAUAAAUAAAUGAUUAAAAACAA